UUACAAAUCUUACAUCACCAUACAACUGCCCAUACUCCACCAUUACAAACCAUACAAAAACCCAUACAUCUUCUUCAUCAAACACCAACAUCAUCGAUCUACACAAAAACCCUAGAUUUUGAUUUUAAGGGUAUUAUGACGAUGGCUACACAGAUUGCUGUUUCUUCUCUGAUCUCUUCAGUUCCUCGUUUGUCUCCCUCGAAAUGCGUCGCCGAUCGAAGACUCGAACUGCGUUCGUCGAUUUCGACGACGAAGGCUCAGUUAUCGAAUCAACGCAGCCGUAGAAAUGGCAAUGGCAAUGGCAUUGGCAAGAGAAAGUUGAAUUUCAGUUGGAUGGCUACGGUGGGAGAGAAUGUGAAGCCCGCCACGCCGGUGACACCUACGUCGGUGCCGGUUCGAGUGGCACAUGAGCUUCAUCAAGCCGGUCACCGUUAUUUGGAUGUGAGAACACCUGAAGAGUUCUCUGCUGGACAUGCUGUUGGGGCCAUUAAUAUUCCUUACAUGUUCAGACUUGGAUCAGGGAUGACGAAAAACCCCGAUUUUGUGGAGGAAGUCUUGUCCCACUUUGGAAAAGAUGAUGAAAUUAUCGUUGGAUGCCAAUUGGGUAAAAGGUCGCUUAUGGCUGCCAUGGAUCUUCUUUCUGCUGGUUUCACGGGAGUGAUGGACAUAGCGGGCGGAUAUGCUGCGUGGAAUAAAAAUGGGCUUCCUAUCGAGUCUUGAUUAUUGUGAGCACAAAUAAAAUGAAGGGUUCUUUAUGCAAGUAAUUAAGCAUGAAUAAUGUUAGAUUGUAAAUAGAAAGAAGGUUAGAUAUAAUGCACAUAUAAUAGCUAGCAGAUGAUACUGGUAUGGUUCUUGAUCCAUUUAUGGACAAGAUUGCCGUGAUGUUUCGUUUGGUUGCACGUUCGUUACUUGUCAAAAUUGAAAAACAUAGCAUUUUGAAGUGUUUUUUAUUCGGAUUUGGGGUAUGGGAUUGUUGAGAAUGCUUCUAAAUCUUUGAAUGAGUUGAUUUUUUUAAUCUACUUUUGUCUUU